AUGCAAAAUCUAAUAGCUGUACGAUCAACUCGCAUAGUUUUGUUUCAUUCCAAAAUUACAUAUCCGGUUAAUCCAACAGAUUCUUCUAUUAACUCCAGUUUACCCUCAGCUCCAAACUGUCAUCCAGAAUGCAAUGGAUGUUCGGAGUCACGAUCAGCAGUUAGCUGUUUUUCAUGCAAACAUCUUACACAAUCCUUGCGUAAUCGUGCUGGGUUUAAGUGCGUGAAGCGAUGUGAUGAAGGAUAUUUCCUUGAGGGCGACAAAUGUCGUGCAUGCAGUCCGAAUUGUAAAUCUUGCAUAAAGGCGGAGCAGUGCGAGACCUGUCCUGGUGUUCAGCUUUUAAUUGAUGUAAAUCAUUAUGGACAUUUAGAUCAUGGACAAUGUGUUGAUGAAUGUCCUCAAGGACUUGAGCCUGAUUAUACAAUAUCAGUUCAAGCACGAUGUGUGUUAAAGAAGAAUAAAUGCUUAAUUGGGUAUUAUGAAGCAAUAAAUUUGGUUUGUACACCUUGUGACAAUGCAUGUCGUGCAUGUCAUGGCCCUGGGCCACUGCAGUGUGAUUCUUGUGCUGAUAAUUUUAGCAACAAAUCAGUAGGAUAUUGUCGACCGUGUUGUGCUGCAAAUGAUGAUCCAAUGUUACAUCACUGUGAAGACUGCACUGCGAUUUCAUUGCAUGAAAAUAAAAUUGAGCAAGUUGGAUCAUCAGUGUUCACAGUAUUGUGCUUUGCUAUCAUUUUUGUGUUGAUAUUUGUACUUAUAACUGCACUUAUCAUGAAAAUUAUCAAUGAAAACUUUUUAAAUCGCGAUGGUCGUAACAUUGACUACGUUCCUCUUCCGGCAGAGCAACAGGUAGAUUCUUCUACAGAUGCGACAGAUUCUGAUUCCGACGAUGAAUGUAGUAAUGACGGUUGUGAUGGAUUAAUUAUAUAA